UAUUCUACUUCCUUAUCCGUCUUUUGUGACCAUGUUUGUCCAGGGUUUAUUUUCCGUCAUUGAGAAACUAAAGGGAACGACAGAGCAGGAGCUCAGGAUCGUUCUUCUUGGUCUGGAUAACGCUGGGAAAACCACCCUUCUGAAACAGCUCGCCUCAGAAGAUGUGAACACCAUCACGCCGACUCAGGGCUUUAACAUUAAGAGUGUAACCUGUCACGGAAUGAAACUGAAUGUCUGGGACAUCGGGGGGCAGAGGAAGAUCCGCCCUUUCUGGAAAAAGUAUCUGGAGAACACAGAUUUGUUGAUUUACGUCAUAGACAGUGCAGACAAGAAGAGGUUUGAAGAAACAGGCCUGGAGCUUUCAGAACUGAUCGAUGAGGAGAAUCUGAAGGGAGUGCCUGUGCUCAUCUUUGCCAAUAAGCAGGAUCUGACCACAGCAUCUACAGCCAGCGAGAUCGCAGAGGGUCUCAACCUGCACACGUACCGGGAUCGAGAGUGGCAGAUCCAGGCCUGUUCGGCUAUUUCUGGCGAAGGAGUCCAGGAUGGAAUGAACUGGAUCAGCAACAACAUUGUAAAUAAAAAGUAAUAAAUAAUGCUGGAAAAUAUCUUUUUUAUUGAAAAAAUAAAAGUUCUCUGAUCUUUCUCUACAAACGAGGAUGUGUUCAGAUAAAUCAGACUGACUAGAAUGUUUUGUAAUAUCUUGUAUGUCAUAGCAAUUGAAUUCAUAAUGACUGACAUCAGGGAAUAUACGAAUACAAGUAAAUGGACUCCGGAGCAACUUUAGAGAAUUAUUACAACCUGAAGGCAAGGAAACAAAAGGAAACAAGAACAACCAAAAAAAAAGCUGUGAUGGUUAAAUUAUUUUCUUCUUUUAUUGGAACCUUUUUGCUUUUGUCAUUUCAGAACUCUCUAUGACAGAUCUGUGACUCAUUCUAGCAGCAAAUAAUGAUACAAACAGCGUUACAGCCUAAAAAGGGAUGAGUCAUGUGUCCGAGUUGAUGCUUCGUAUGUUAGUUAGUUCUGAAGCAGCGUGAUGAAGGAACCAUCUCAAACAGAGAACCUUCUUCCCUGACAAGAACUUUUGUACCUUCAGUUGUAUUUGUGGGUUCUGUCGGCUCAUGUACUGUCUAUAAUAAUUUGACUGUGUGUGCAUCAACAAUGAAGUCAUUAAAGUAUUUACUGUCAAUAAAUAAUAAAUAAAUAUAAUGGUGGCAUCUGGGCAUGGUGGUGGUUUCCUCCAGGUACACCGUUUCCUUUCCCCAGUCCAAAGAUAUUCAUUGUAGGCUGAUUGGACCUUAGUGUGUGAAUGUGUGUGAGUGUGUGACUGUGUCCUACAAUAGGUUACCACCAAGUCCAUUUUGUUUCCCACUUUCUGUCCCGAGUCCACUGGGAAGUGUAGGAACAGACAUGGUAUAGAAAAUGGAUGCUUGAAUGGAUAUGCUCACUGACCACAACACAUGUUUACCUGCUUGUUCAUGCAAUUAUACAAUUAAUAUCCUAUCAACAGAUACAGGUUACAAAGGGAACAGAAGGUGUUAGGAAAAAAUAAAUCCCUUCUCAAAAAGUGGUGUGUUUCUCAUUUUGUGAUGCUUUUCUGCUGAACAUGGUUGUGAAGGGUUACUGUUACCUGUUACCUUUCUGUCUGCUUGAACCAAUCUGCGAAUUCUCCUCUGACCUCCUUGUUCGGCUUAAAGAACUGGCGCUCACUUAUUUAUCGUGCUAUUCUGUGUAAACUCUGUGUAAAGAGUUGUGCAUGAAAAUCCCAGAAGAUCAUCACUCUCUGGAAACACUUGAUGCAUGAUGUGAAGAUUAACCGUAGCUCUUGACCUGUAUCUGAAUGAUAUGAUAUGACGUGAUUGGCUGACUUGAUAAUUGCACUGUUAAGCAGUCGUUCCUAAUAAAGUGACUGAUGCUUGAA